AUGGCUCAGAACUCUGCCUCCCAACUCCCAACCGGGGAACCCGUUGCCCAACCUCAGGAUGCCUCCGGCGGUCCUAAGGUGAAGUCCGAAAAAGAGUUGGAGCGUGAGCGCAAGAAGGCCGAGAAGGCCAAAAAAUUUGCAGAGAAGCAGGCCAAGCAGGCCAGCAAGCCCGCUGCUGCGCCCAAGGCCGAGAAGAAGGCCCCCAAGGUCGAGAAGGACAAGACUGCCGACGCAUAUGACCCCAAGGUCAUCGAGGCCGGCCGACUCGAGUGGUGGGAGGAGCGUGACCUCUUCAAGCCCGAAUGGGGUCCGGACGGCCAUGUCAAGCCCGAAGGCUCCUUCGUUAUUCCUAUCCCACCUCCUAACGUUACCGGUUCCCUUCACAUGGGUCAUGCCCUAACCAACGCCCUCCAAGAUACCAUGAUUCGUUGGCAGAGAAUGAAGGGCAAGACCACUUUAUGGCUUCCCGGUAUGGACCACGCCGGUAUCUCUACUCAGAGUGUUGUCGAGAAGCAGUUGUGGAAGAAGGAGAAGAAGACCCGUCACGAUAUUGGACGCCCCGCUAUGAUAAAGAUGAUCUGGGACUGGAAGGAUGUCUAUCAUGCCAACAUCAAGAACGCUUUGCGCCGAGUUGGUGGUUCCUUCGACUGGUCUCGCGAGGCCUUCACCAUGGAUCCUAACUUGUCCGCUGCCGUGACUGAGACCUUCGUCCGUCUCCACGAAGAGGGUACCAUUUACCGUGCCAACCGCUUGGUCAACUGGUGUGUUGCGUUGAACACUUCUCUUUCUAACCUGGAGGUUGAGAACAAGGAAAUUGAGGGCCGCACCCUCAUGGAUGUGCCUGGUUACGAGCGCAAGGUCGAAUUCGGUGUUCUUACUCACUUCUGCUACGAGAUCGAUGGCACCAAUGAGCGCAUCGAAAUCGCCACUACUCGUCCCGAGACCAUGGUCGGUGAUACUGGUAUUGCCGUCCACCCCAGUGACAAGCGCUACCAGCACUUGAUCGGCAAGAAUGCUCGCCACCCCUUCUGUGACCGUCUUAUGCCCAUUGUUGCCGAUGAAGAGGUUGAUCCUGAGUUCGGUACUGGUGCCGUGAAGAUCACCCCCGCUCACGACUUCAACGAUUUCAACCGUGGAAAGGCUCACAACCUCGAGUUCAUCUCCGUCAUGAACGACGAUGGUACCUUCAACAAGCACGGUGGACGCUUCGCUGGCAUGAAGCGUUUCGACGCCCGUUACGCCGUCAUUGAGGCCCUGAAGGAGGCUGGUCUGUACGUCAAGUGGGAGCAUAACCCCAUGAAGAUCCCUCGCUGUGCCAAGUCCAACGACGUUAUUGAGCCCAUUCUCAAGCCCCAGUGGUGGAUGAAGAUGCAGGAUCUCGCUGAGCCUGCCAUCAAGGCCGUUGAGAAUGGCGAUAUUAUCAUUCGCCCGGAGAGCGCCGAGAAGAGCUACUUCCGCUGGAUGCGCAAUAUCAAUGACUGGUGUCUGUCCCGUCAGCUCUGGUGGGGUCACCAGGCUCCCGCCUACUUCGUCAAGAUCGAAGGCGAGGACAACUCCGAGAGCGAUGGCGAAUACUGGGUUACUGGCCGUACUGAGGAGGACGCCCAGAAGAAGGCCGAGGUCAAGUUCCCCGGUAAAAAAUUCUCCCUGGAGCGUGACCCUGACGUGCUCGACACCUGGUUCUCGUCUGCUCUGUGGCCCUUCUCUACUCUGGGCUGGCCCAACAAGACUCAUGACUUCGAGAACCUGUACCCCACCUCCGUUCUGGAGACUGGUUGGGAUAUCCUCUUCUUCUGGGUUGCCCGUAUGAUCAUGAUGGGUAUCAAAUUGACCGGCCAGGUUCCCUUCCGCGAGGUCUACUGCCAUUCUCUGAUUCGUGACUCCGAGGGCCGCAAGAUGUCCAAGUCACUGGGUAACGUCGUUGACCCCAUCGAUGUCAUGGAGGGUAUUCAGCUUCAAACUCUCCACGACAAGUUGUUACAGGGUAAUCUUGCCGAGAAGGAGGUCGCUGCUGCCACGAAGUACCAGAAGAAGGCUUUCCCCAAGGGUAUCCCCGAGUGCGGCGCUGACGCUCUUCGAUUCGCCCUUGUCUCUUACACCACCGGCGGUGGUGAUAUCGCUUUCGAUGUCCAGGUCAUCCACGGAUACCGUCGCUUCUGCAACAAGAUCUACCAGGCCACUAAGUUCGUGCUCGGAAAGCUGGGCGACGACUUCAAGCCCCAGGCUACUCCUACGAAGAAUGGCAACGAGUCUCUGUCGGAGCGUUGGAUUCUGCACAAGUUCAACACCGCUGCCAAGGAGAUGAAUGAGUCUCUCGAGGCUCGUGAGUUCUCUCCCACUGCUAUCGCUAUCUACCAGUACUGGUACGCUCAGCUGUGCGAUGUGUUCAUCGAGAACUCCAAGUUCCUGCUGGCCGAAGAUGCCACGCCCGAGAUGCAGGAGUCCGCUAAGCAGACCCUCUACACUGCUCUUGAGGGAGCGUUGUGCCUGGUUCACCCUAUCAUGCCCUUCGUCACCGAGCACCUGUGGCAGCGUCUCCCGCGCCGCCCCGAUGACAAGACCGUCUCCAUCAUGAAGGCCAAGUACCCCGAGUACAAGGCUGAGUUCCACGACCCCGCUGCCGAGACUGCUUACGAGCUUGUGCUGAACACCUCCAAGGCAAUCCGCUCCAUCUUGGCUCAGUACGAUGUCAAGACUAAGGGCGACAUCAUCAUCCAGACCUACGACGCUACCAGCCACAAGACUGUCUCCGAGGAGAUGACCAGCAUCAAGUCUCUUGGUGGUAAGAAUCUGGGCGAGCUGUCUCUGCUCGGACCUGAGAACAAGACUCCUCCCUCCGGCUGUGUAGUCGCUGCUGUUGGCGCCGAGGCUGCCGUCUACCUGCGUGUCUCCAAGGAGGUCGCUCUCGAGCAGGAGGAGAAGGCCAAGGAAGCCCUUGAGCGUGCUCGUGAGGCCGUGCGCAAGUCGCAGGGUAUCAUGGCUGCCCCUAACUGGAAGGACAAGGUCAAGGCUGAGGUCCGUGAGGCUGAGGAGAAGCGUCUCCGUGAUAACGAGAGCGAGACUGCCCGUUUGGAGGAGCAGAUUAAGGAGUUUGAGAAGCUGCGCUUGGAGUAA